CCACGCUCCCGCGCGCGCGCGCACGCCGCUCCUCCUCCUCGGCCUCCUCUUCGGCAGUCGCCACCCUCGCCUCGCCGCGCUCGCCCACCAUUUUUUUUCUACCUCACCACGCCACGCCCCACGCCACCUUGCUUCUGGCGCCUGCUCGCUCACAGUUUUUCCCCUCUGUUUUCUGCGGUCUCGCCCGGGCUCGCGCUCGCGGCGUCGUGGGUGUGAGGACAAUGCCAGCGCCGGCGAGGGAGUAGGUGCGGUGCAGCGGGCGGACGGGGGAAAGGGAUGGGGUGCCGGAGCUCGCGGCUGGACGCGGUGGACGUGUCCCCGGCGGCCGCGCUCUGCCGGGAGCGCCGGGACCUGCUGCGCGCCGCGGCGGACCGCCGCGCGCACCUCGCUGCCGCGCACGCCGCCUACUUCCGCGCGCUGCCGCGCGUCGCCGACGCGCUCGCGCGGUUCGCGAGCCACCACCACGCCGCCACGCCGCCGGGGUCGCCCGUGCUCACGCUGCCGCGGCCCUCGGACCACGGCGGCGACGACGGCGACGAGCCCAAGAAGCAGCGUAGCGCCUCCGCGUCCGGCUCCGCCACCCCGCACACCGAUUCCGGCCACUCCCACAUCCACUUCCACUCCGACGACGCUUCGGACUCCGACCCCGGCUCCUCCCCGGACCCCUGCGCCGCCCCCGGGGGCUGCGGCGGCGGUGGCCACGGCGAGAUACCCCCACAGCCGGUGCCUGUCCUUCGCUCAGGCGUUCCCCUGCCCGACCACGGCCACGGAGAUCCCCAAGAACGCCAAAUCCAUCAGCCGGGACUGGCAAUGCCGGAGAUGCCUUGGGAGUAUGCUUCCUACAACCCUUACCCUUCGUUCCCAAACACAGCAUUCCAAAAUGCCACAUUUCCCGGCUACUACUACAUGAAGGCCAGCUCGACGCCGGCGAACACGGUGUACCAAGAACCGAACGGCUACGGCAACUUCGCCACCAGUUCGUCCUACAUGGGGUACAACUACGGGUACACCAACCCCAUGUACGGCGUUCCGUUGCCGCCGGAGGGGGAUCAGCCGGUGGAGGAUCGUGGCCGGGAGCCGGAGCCUCCGGCGGCGCCGCCGCCAAUGCCAAUGCCGGAGACGUCACCCUGGGACUUCUUUAACCCGUUCGAUUCAUAUGACCAGGAGCUUCCGCAGUGUAAGGCGAAAGGGUACGAUUCCAAUGGGUCGUUCACGAGCAGCCCCAACUCGAGUGAGGUGAGGGCAAGGGAGGGGAUCCCGGAGCUCGAGGAGGAGACGGAGAUGGAGUCGAUGAGGGAGUCUGUAAAGGCGAGGAAGGCGGUAGAGAGCACAGCGUCGAACCGGAUUGACCAUGUGGAUGUCAGCGCCAAGGUGAAGGUGUCCAUGGAGCACAAAGAGGUUGACAUUGAGAGUGUGGAUAGUGCUUCGGUACUUGAAUCAGGGGAGGAGAGUGUGUGCAGUUGUGAUUGUGACCAUGUCAAUGCUAGAACAGGAGGACCGGUGCCACCAGGUGAUGAUCAAGGGAAGGUGAAGAAGGUGAGCUCGGAGGAUCACUCAUCCAUAGUACUCGAAGAUGUACGGCCACCGGAGAACAUUGGGACAAGAGAUGUUGCCGAGGUUGUUCAGGAGAUAAAGGAACAGUUCAACUCAGUGGCUGCCUGCGGAGAAGACGUAGCAAGGAUCCUUGAGGUCGGGAGGAUGCAGUACAGAUCAAGGAAUAAAGUCUUAAGAUUGAUAUUUUCACGGAUGAUGGGGACCUUUGCCUUGCUAUUUUCUUCCUUAUCCGAGCCACCAGCGAAGAACUUGGAACAAUCAGCAAUGAAUUCAUCCAAAAGAAGUCAAAAUUUGAGUAAAAGAUUCGACUUCUCCAGCGAUGUUGAACUUAAUACUCUCUCCGCAACAAUGGAUAGGCUGUACGUGUGGGAGAAAAGACUUCAUAAGGAAAUUAUGGAGGAAGAGAGAUUGAGGAUUACAUACGACAAAGAAUGGAAGCGCUUGAAAGAGUUGGAUGCUAGUGGUGCAGAGCCAUACAAGAUUGAUACAACACGGGCGUCAAUUAGGACACUGCUUACCAGAAUCAACAUUUCCAUUAGAUCAGCUAAAGUUAUCUCGAGGAGGAUUCACAUACUACGAGAUGAUGAGUUACAUCCACACCUUGUUACGCUUAUCCAAGGGCUUGUUAGGAUGUGGAAGUUCAUUCUUGAGUGCCACCGGAAGCAAUUCCAUACCAUACUUGAAACUAAAUCUCAUAUCCUCAUCCCUAAGAAUGGACCUGAAAGAAGCUCCUCCAAGGUUACAUUAGAACUAGAAAUGGAGCUUUUGAACUGGUGUUUCUGUUUCAGGAAUUGGAUCCUAUCCCAAAAGGCUUAUAUCGAAACCCUCAAUGGCUGGCUUGUGAAAUGGCUCCCUCAGGAAAAGGAAGAAACCCCAGAUGGCAUUGCACCGUUCUCUCCUGGUAGGCUUGGAGCACCUGCUGUGUUCAUCACAGCUAAUGAUUGGUGCCAAGCUAUGAAAAGGACAUCAGAAGCUAGCAUCGUAGAUACGAUGGAGGCUUUUGCAGUUAAUGUGCAUAUAUUAUGGGAGCGGCAGGAUGAAGAGCAGCAGCAGAAGUUAAAAGCCGAAUAUCUGUCUAGAGAUUUCGCAAAGCGGCUCAAGUCUCUUCAGAAGGAACAUGGCUUGCAGGGACAGUUGGAAGCUGAUAACACAGUGUUGCCCAUCGCUGACAAUGGUAGGGCGGUUGAUAACCGCAUGGUUGCGUUGGAUACAUUGCAUAAGAGGUUGGAUGAACAAAGAGCUAGACAUGAGGAAACCGUGAAACAAAUCCGAGAGGCAAGUGCAACUGAUCUGAAAUCAGGCCUGGCUCCCAUAUUUGAAGCACUGGAAUCUUUCACUCAAGAGACGCUGAGAGGCUAUGAAAAUGUCAGGAUUACAGUUGGAAGUGGUGGAGCUUGAUACAAAUUUUCUGUUCGCAGCUCUUGAUACCUGAAGUCCACAAUUACCGCUGGAGCAAUGGGUAAUGUUUAAUUCAUCCAACGAGCUAUUGACAAUCAGAAACUGUCUUCAAUUUGCCAGCCAUGCACAAGCACAGCACCAUUGUACUUGGGGUAAUGUUGAAUCCAUCCAAUGUACAAGAAAGGACGGCGCAUUAUUUCCUGCAUGAUUGUGCACGAAGCAAUGUUCACAGGACGCAGGGAUGCUUUUGAGACGAUUCUGAUUUCUGAGAUAGCCAAUUCAGGUGGAGCUCCCUGAGUAGCCAAUUACUAGUCAGUAGCUGGAGCUGCUUACAGAGAGAGCUGCUAAGGAGCCUAGAACUCUGUCUAGUUGGAGGGCCCUCAAAGGAGGGGAAGGCAAUUUUGUAGCCAUUAUCAGCUUGUGUACAUAUUAGCUAAGUUACUGACUCCGCAGGCUAGCUCGUUAUUUAUGUAGAAUUUUAUCUGUACAUUGUAAAAGAUAUAUUUAUGCUCCGGUAUUCGAUGGUGUCAGUCUGCUGAAGAGCAUACAUGUUGAGCUAAA